AUGUAUCCUUUCUUUGGGGUUGGUGAGGGUAACCCGAAGCCUAUCGGCAAGAUCAAGCUCUUCGACUCUUGCCAGAAGCCCAGCAUAAACAGGCGCAACCAUGCCCGCGACUUCGACCACUGCCAGACCGAGAAGUCUGAGGGGAAUCUUAAGAAGAUUCUGCAUAUUAUCUUCGGGAACGAGGUCUUCCGCUGGACCAUAAGCGAUCCCUACUAG